CCAAACAAAUAAACAAAAAGGAGGAGGAGGAGGAGGAAAAAACAACAAGGUUUACGUCACAAAACGCGCGAGUGUGGAUUUUUAAAAACCCGCGGAAAACUUCUUUGAGCUUCUGCAAAACUCUUGACUUGAAGCGGAUUUCAGGGGGAUUUCGCGGAAGCGUCGAGCGCGUCGGACCUUUCCACGGCUGUAGCGGGGCGGAGCCGCGGUGCUUCUCGUGCGCCUUUACGCAGGGAGUGUGUGUGUGUGUGUGUGUGUGUGUGUGAGGUGUUGGGGGAUCAGCCGGAGUCAGAAGGAUGCUGGAGGGCAAUGCCCGCAGAAAGAGAGGAUGAGAUUUGUCGAAAGGCGCUGGAGCUGCUCUCGGACCUUUGCUCCAGAGGAGAAGUGCAGGACGACAACUGCCUGGACUUCAUCUACUACUUCAGGGACCUGGCGAGACCGCGCUACACGGACUCAGAUGUAUCGGUGAGCCUGUUGUCCCUGCUGGUGACCACCUGUGGUCUGGCGCUCUUCAGCGUCUCCCUCUUUGUCUCAUGGAAGCUGUGCUGGGGGCCACUGAGUGGCCGUUUCUUCCCAGAUGUACUCAAGGGGGCGCACUUCCUCGGAGGAGACCAGCAGCCCGUCCUCACAGAGGUGGACGGGGAGGAAAGGGAGUACAGCGAGGAUGGCUGUGUGAAAGACCCUUCGGGGCUUCCCUGCGCUGUGGCUGUCCCGGAGUCGACCCUGAAGAUAAGCCACACAUCGCCCGAUAUUGCACUGGAGACCCAGGCCAAGGUGGAGAAAAACCAGGUCCACACUCUGGCAAGGGACAGAGUCCAGAGACAGAUUACUGAGCCUACCUCGUCUGUACGGCACAAUUCCAUCCGCCGUCAGAUGAACUUGUCCAAUCCGGACUUCAACCUCGCUCAGUUCCAGCGGCAGGAGUCUCUGUCUGGUCUGGGCAGCCUCAAACCAGAGCUCUACAAGCAGCACUCAGUGGACACAGAAGACGGCCGUCACAUUGGCAAAUGCGGGUGUCUCCACUUCAUCCUGAAAUUUGACUUUGACCUGGAGCAGCUGAUCGUGAAGAUCCACAAGGCCCAGGACCUUCCCGCCAAGGACUUCUCAGGGACCUCUGAUCCUUACGUCAAGAUCUACCUGCUGCCUGACCGCAAAACCAAGCACCAGACCAAGGUGCACCGCAAGACUCUCAACCCAGUGUUCGACGAAGUGUUCCUCUUUCCGGUGGAGUACGGCGAGCUGACGAGCCGGAAGCUGCAUUUCAGCGUCUACGACUUCGACAGGUUCUCGCGCCACGACUUGAUCGGCCAAGUGGUGGUGGACAACUUCCUGGAUCUGGCCGAUUUUCCACGGGAGACAAGACUGUGCAAAGACAUACAAUACGUGACCUCGGACAACGUGGACCUGGGAGAGCUGAUGUUCUCACUGUGCUAUCUCCCCACGGCUGGCAGGCUCACCAUCACCAUGAUCAAAGCCAGAAAUCUCAAAGCCAUGGACAUCACUGGAGCCUCAGAUCCGUACGUGAAAGUUUCCCUGAUGUGUGAGGGGCGGAGGCUAAAGAAGAGGAAGACGUCGACCAAGCGGAACACUCUGAACCCGGUGUACAACGAGGCCAUCGUGUUCGAUGUUCCUCCUGAGAACAUCGACCAGAUCAGCCUGCUCAUAGCCGUCAUGGACUAUGAUCGGGUCGGACACAAUGAAGUGAUCGGAGUGUGCAGGGUGGGCAACGAGGCUGAGAGCCUGGGCCGAGAACACUGGAGUGAAAUGCUGUUGUACCCACGGAAACCCAUCGCGCACUGGCACCCGCUCAUAGAGGACAAGAUAAAAGAGUGGGUUGGACAGGGAGCGGCAGGGAGCGGAAGUCAAGGAGGAUCCACCAAUUCACUGAAGACGCCACCAUCUCCAUGAGUGCACACAUACACGCACACACACACACACACACAUUGUACACACACACACACACACAGCCUCAGGUGCGGGUGGUUGGAACGUUGAGUGAUGGACUUCCAGAACUAACCGUAACCCACAUGAAUUACAAGUUGUGGCAAGCGAUCUUGGUAGUAACAUCAGCUAUAAAACCAUUACUCUAACCAAUGUCUUAUUAGAUUGAACUACUGUAUAGGUUUAAUUGUGUUUAGACUUUUCCAAAGGCUAACCACCACUUCUUACUUCCUCAUGUGUCUUCACGACCAAAAACAAAACAAACAAAAAAAACACUUAACGACAUUCCAACUAAACUAACUGUUUGAGUUGUUAUUGACUGUAUUAACAGUUUGAGAUGAUCUAUCUGGUCAAGCUUCUUUUUGUCGUUUUUCUUAAACGGGUGUGUGGACCAAAAGCAUUCAUUUAAGGUGAGUGUGUGUGGAGCUGUGGCUAGUGAUUUGUGUGUGUGAUCAGCUGUUAUUGAUGUGUUAAUGGUGCGUUCACACCUUAGGUGGCGUGGUUUUUGCCGAGCGAUCUUCAGGUCAUUGAUACAACUGGCAACCCCCUCAUCUGGGAAUAAUGCUAGAGCUAAGUUUACUAAAUUGCAAUUAUAGCUUAAACUAAGUGGCAUUUACAUAUUUUCAGAACAAAAUAGGUCGUUCAACUUCCUCUCUCGUUAUCGUUAUACAACCUGUGACAUUAUGGUAGAUGAAUUUCUUUGCUGCAGAUCAAUUUUGGGAGAUUUGCGUCACCUAGAGUGAAAAAAUGCGUCACGUUCGGUGUGAACACAUCAUGACAUGAUUACAGAAUUAAAAAAUGAGAAGAUUGUUGUGCUGAACACUGAACUCUUUCCUGCAUUGAUUAUGAAGUAAAAAUAACCUGAACGAAACACAGUAGGAUCUUCUUGGUGUAAACAGUAGGUUUUACUGCAGCAGACGACUUUAGCAAAGAUCUCCUCAGAUGUUAAGGUUUAAACUGACAGUGGUUUUCACCAAGAAUGUAAAGCAGUGGACGAAUGGAACAUACCAUGUUUUAAUUACUGCAUGUUUAAUUGUCUAACUUUGUUUUUUGGGGUGUGGUCAAAAUACAGGGGAAUGAAGUAGCAAGUAACUUAUUUCAAAGUACGAUACUCUGGUUUCCGAUAUUUUUUGGCCGUGACGACGUCUGCCAAAGACGUAAUGUUUUUGGGUUUAUUUUUAGCAGGAUGAAAAUUACUCAACCAAUUUCCAACAAUUUUGAUUGAUUGGUGGAGUGAUUGGACCUGGUUCACAAAGAACCGGGGUGCAACUGUGGAUUAAGUUACCGAUCCAGGAUCAACAUUGGAACAUUCAGUAAGCCAUUUUCUUACAUUUUCAUCAUCUUUUAACGGGAAUAACGUGCAGAUCUUGAUUUUAAUAAGUAAAAUCUAUGAGAAUUGUUCAGUCUUGGCAGAGGUACGUGCUCCUUUGUGUGCAAUUCUACUUCCUAUUGUAAUCGUGCUGUAAUGGCAGUAUGCUGCAAAUUAAAAGUCAUGUUAAAUUUUCUGGUUUCAAAUUUAUUUACCCAAUAUAACGGUGUAGCCCCCGUGUGGCAGAACGGAGGUAGUUUAGAAAAAAAUGAAAAAGAGUGAGGGAUCAAAAAAAACCUAAAAGCAUUACAGGAAGAGAAAGAAAAUGGAGAUUAAAAUGCCAAACGAAAUUACUGGAGAAUAUAUAAACCAAAGUUUUAAUUUCAUUGUAUUUCAUGCUGUCUGGGAUCUUUGUAUCUCUGACAUCCUUCUUAAGCCUUUGUGAGCUCCCAUUUAAAAUUUUAAAAAAGUGAAUCGCUCUUAGAAUCCUAUUGUCAAACACAACUUACUGUUUGACAAUGUUAGAACACAACUUCAUGAUUUCCUCUUUGAUUGGGACCACACCCCUGUGCUUGUUUUAAUGAGACAGUGUUUUUUUUGUUAUUUUUUUUUUUAAUGAAGAUGAAUACCAGUAUAUUUUAUGUCUUUGUAUUGGACACACGUCACGACUGAUGAGGACAAACUUGUUGUGUGUUUGUAGCUUCUUCGGUGCAUGCGUCAUUUUUUAAAAAUCGCUCUUUUUGUUGUGAUACUAAUCAUUCUCUAAACACGAGAUGUAUUAUGACCAUUUAAGGCAGAGUGUGUUAAUUGUCCAUUCAGAUGUUAUUAAUAAAUAUUUCUAUAUAUAUACAGUA